UGUGGGAAAUAAGAAAUCUGUGGUGCUAGCUAACAUUUCACAGCUGCUGCCAGCGAGUGUAACGGCCGGAAAGAACGCGCGGUCCCCGGCCAGAUUACAACAUAACUGUCGGUAGAUUCUAAACACUUUAAGGAUAAAGUUUACACUGAAGCUUUUUUUUGUCGGUUUUGAACAUUAACCGGUGACCAUGCCCUCGUCUAAAUAGCCUUGGUGGAGGUCGAGGAUGGCCGCAGACGUAGAUAAAGGAAUCCCCAAGGAUGAGAGCAAAAUUUCGCCGCAGAAUGGGCAUCGGAGCCCGGACUCCGGAUCCUGGAUCUACAGGGGGAUAUGGACCCUGCUGAUAGUCGGUGCUGUCCCUCUUCUCGCUUUUGGGAUCAAGAAUUACCAAGAUGCCCAGUUCGUCAGACGUCAUGAAGAGAGUGUUCGAACUCUGGGUGCUGAGGGGCUUUUUCUCUUCUCCUCCUUAGACACCGACCAUGACCUUUAUCUCAGUCCGGAGGAGUUUAAACCUAUUGCUGAGAAACUCACAGGGAUUACACCCCCUGCGGAUUUUGAGGAAGAAGUGAUCCAUGACCCCAAUGGAGAGACUUUGACCUUGGAGGCCAAAAUGCAGCCUCUACUGCUCGACUCUAUGACAAAAAGCAAGGAUGGUUUCCUUGGGGUUUCUCACAGCUCUCUGAGUGGGCUGCGGUCUUGGAAAAGCCCAGCAGUGCCUUCUUCUUCCUUCUCUGCCAGCCAGUUCAGGGUCUUCCUGCCCCCAAAGAACAAGGUCGAAGUGGGUGACACGUGGUGGGUGAUUCCUAGCGAGCUCAACAUCUUCACUGGAUACCUGCCCAACAAUCGUUACCAUCCUCCAACACCAAAAGGCAAAGAGGUUCUCAUCCACUCCUUGCUGAGUAUGUUCCAUCCUCGGCCCUUCAUCAAAUCACGUUUUGCUCCUCAGGGCACAGUCGCCUGCAUUCGUGCCAGCAAUGACUUUUAUUAUGACAUUGUCUUCAGGAUUCAUGCAGAGUUCCAGCUCAAUGAUGUUCCAGACUUUCCCUUCUGGUUCACCCCGGGCCAGUUCACCGGUAACAUCGUCCUCUCUAAAGAUGCAUCUCAUGUCCGCCACUUCCACCUUUAUGUCCCUAAUGACAGAUCUCUGAAUGUGGACAUGGAGUGGCUUUACGGGGCCAGUGAGAGCAGCAACAUGGAGGUGGACAUUGGAUACCUGCCCCAGUUAGAGCUGCAGUCCACGGACCCGUCCACUCCGUCCAUCAUCAUGGAUGAGGAGGGCAACAUCAUCGACAGUCGGGACGGCAGCAGUGAGCCGAUCCAGUUUGUCUUUGAAGACAUCCACUGGACCUCAGAGAUCAGCCAGCAAGACGCCACGCGACGCCUGGAGGUCACCCUCUACCCCUUCAAGAAGGUGUCCUACCUGCCUUUUUCAGAGGCCUUUGAGCAAGCUGAAGCAGAGAAGAAGCUGGUGCAUUCCAUUCUGCUUUGGGGAGCAUUAGACGACCAAUCCUGCUGAGGUUCAGGGCGAACUCUCCGGGAGACAGUCCUGGAAAGUUCGCCCGUCCUGGCCCUGCUCAACCAGAGCUUCAUCAGCAGCUGGUCUCUGGUCAAAGAGCUGGAGAACAUGCAGGCCGAUGAGCAGAACCCUGUGUUGAGUGAAAAGGCCCGCUUACAUCUGGAGAAAUAUAACUUCCCUGUAGAGAUGAUGGUGGCACUGCCUAAUGGAACCAUUGUACACCACAUCAAUGCCAACUUCUUCCUGGACCAGACAGCCAUGAAACCAGAGGAGGAAGGAUCAAAUUUCAGCUUCUCUGCGGGGUUCGAGGAUCCCUCCACAUCCACUUAUAUCAGCUUCCUGAAAGAGGGGUUGGAGAAAGCCAAGGAGUACCUGACACAGUAAUCUGUGUGUGAGACUAAACCGGAGGAAAUGACAAUCCUUCCUCUGGGCGAUGAACCAAGAUAAGGAAAACCCUCCAACAAUUAUGUAGAGAAGCUUUCUCAUCAGUGUCGGCAGCUGAGAAGCGUUUUUGCCUUCUAUCCUGUUUGUUACUAUUUAUUUGGGCGUCUCUCCUGGUUAGAAAUGAAGUUUUAUAUACAGUAUUUGUAUUGUGACAAGCAGCACAUAUACUGUACUGUUACUGUCAAUAUAGUAUAGUAUAUUUUAAUGAAAUACAAAGGCCUUGCACUGAGCAGUAAUAUGUAAACACAUUUAGAUCUGCUCUCUCUGCUUGUAGCUGCUGAUUAAUGUUGAUAUAAAAUGUAGACAGAGGCCUGCCGAGUCAUUCUUAAGUGUAAGUGUCCAUGCCAUCUUAAAGACGAAUCAUAAGAGCAUCACAACACAACCUAACAUUUGAUUAUUUCGUUUACAUCCUUGUGUUGCAUGUGCAAUAUUUAAUGGCAGAGGGAGUUUUCCUGCCGCCGAGUGUACCCAGAGACGGUGCUGGUGCAGUUGUUGCCUCCAGCUGUGUCUCUGCAUUUUGUGAAGACUUUGCCUUAAAGCUCUCUGUGGGCUGGGUAACGCCUGAUGUUUUCGCCGAGACUGCUGGAGGGAACACCCUUCUCUGACUCAGGGGACAACUGCAGCAGGAAAAAUUAAACUGGAUUGUGGCACAUAAAGAAAGUUUCAGUUGUUUUCUUGAACUUUAAGUUUGAAACCAAAUGAUAAAAUAUUUUGCAGAUUUUCUGUUUCUGGAAGAUGUGACCACACCAAAGAACAUUGUUUUUUUUUUUUUUUUGUUUGUUUUUUUUUAUGUACAGUGGCUGGCUUGCAGCUUGGGCAGCUGUGGAGCACAAAGAAAUCCAAUAGGUUGCUUGCCCACUGUGUUCAUAUUUAUGUAACUCAGUGGAACCAAAUGGUCGUUAUGUUUGCAAAAUUGAUUGAUCUUUGAGCUGAAUGACACGAUACCGCAUACUGUUAUUAUCCUCUUGUAAACUCCAGUCAAAAUAAUGUAUCUGCCUGCAUCUUUGGCAAGACAAAGAGGCAAUCUGUGAUAUUUUAAGGGAAAAAAACAUGGCAAUCUGGACCUACCAUUAGCUGUUAUUCACAAUCUAAUAUCUAAUUUUCCCCCUUUCCAAGUCAUACAAAAAGAAAUGUUUCCUCUUCGAGUCCUAAUACUUUCUGUUUGUUUGUGUGAAACAAAUGAACCCAGGGGUCAGGAGAACUAAUCUGAAUUAGUAACUGAAUUGUGAUAAAUGAGAAUAACACGAAGUUGGAAUGUGACUUUGUAAAAGUGUUGCACUUUCAAGGUCAUACAAGGUCCUGUCAAUGCGAAAUAUCUGACUGUUUGAAUCCUUUAGGGACAAAACACUGUUAUUCUGUAACCUACUAGUGCCAUUUUUUCAUAAGGUCAAAUAAAAGAGUUUUU